UGGGAGCCUGCGUUCCUGGGUCCUGGCUUCAGCCAUCUUCUCUGGGACUCAGGUUGGGUCUAGCGGCUGGUAGCUCCCUGGGCCCAGACUUGGGCUUGUCUCUGUCGUCCCGGCUUUAGCGUUUUGCCGCCGCCUAGGGGCAGCUCCUCUGGGAAGCAAGCCCGCCGCCAAUUUCGCCUCCCGUCUUGCCUCGACUACAACUUCCAGCGGCACUAGCGAGGCUUGUAUUUCCUUUGUUCUCCGCUUAGGAGCUGGGCCUGCUGGGAAGUGUAGUUCCGAGGUUACCCAGCACAGGACCUUUUGCCGUCAGCGAGACAAGUUUCCAGCCCUGGCCGAGGGUGGAGGUUUUUCAAAAUGGGAACCAAGGAGCCCCAGGGUUUGCGCCUCACCUGCGGACUCCUCGAGGUCCCCAGUGCCCUGCGUAAUAAUCGGCUCAGUCCUCGGCCCUCCGGCCCUGCACUUACCCCCCAGUCGGGCUCCAUCCUUCCAAGCCUUGUCCUCAAGUGAAGGGGGUGUCACCUGCCAGGAAAGUCUAGGGCGCCAGUGCCAGCCCCAGGACUCCACGCUCGUCCCCAGGGUCCAGGCCCCGCCCCUAGCCGGGGCUCCCCCCGUGGGAACGGUGACCAGCUGGCCGGAAGCGCCAAACUGCGUCCCCUGUCCGAGCCCCGGGGAUCAAUCAGGCCGAGGAGUUAAUUAUGUAAUGAGGGAGCAGGGGGUCGGGACUAAUGAAGGCGUCAAGGGGAGGGGGUAGGAGGGGAGGUUACCCAGGUAUCCGGCCCCCUCUUGGACCCCUUCGAGGCCCUAGGGGUCUCCACCCCAACCCAACUCCAGGGCCCCAAAGAGGGGAGGGGCUGUGAUCUUGGGUCUGGAAGGGGCUGAGCAGCGAGCUAUAAAGGGGGCAUCUCUCCACACUGGGGGGACUCAAGGCAGCGUGACCUGAGGCCAGACUAGACUACUCCAUGUACCAUCCACGGGAGUUGUACCCCUCCCUGGGGACCAGUUACCGCCUUGGGCCCCCCCAGCCUGGGGCAGACUCCAGCUUCCCGCCUGCUCUUGCCGAGGGCUACCGCUACCCGGAUCUGGACACUCCCAAACUGGACUGCUUCCUCUCUGGGAUUGAGGCUGCUUCCCGCACCCUGGCUGCACCGCCACCUCUGCCCCCUCUACCCCCAGUCCUGGGCACUGAGCCGGCCACUUCAGCCCCUGAGGCCCUCCACUCACUCCCUGGGGUCAGCCUGAGCCUGGAGAACCGGGAACUGUGGAAAGAGUUCAACUCCGUGGGAACAGAGAUGAUCAUCACCAAAGCCGGGAGGCGUAUGUUCCCUGCUUGCCGAGUGUCGGUCAUGGGCCUGGACCCUGAGGCCCGCUACCUAUUUCUUCUGGAUGUGGUCCCAGUGGAUGGGGCCCGCUACCGCUGGCAGGGCCGGCGCUGGGAGCCCAGUGGCAAGGCAGAACCCCGCCUGCCUGACCGCGUUUACAUUCACCCUGACUCUCCUGCCACCGGAGCCCACUGGAUGCGGCAGCCUGUGUCUUUUCAUCGUGUCAAGCUCACCAAUAGCACGCUGGACCCCCAUGGCCACCUGAUUUUGCACUCCAUGCACAAGUACCAGCCUCGCAUACACCUGGUGCGGGCUGCCCAGCUUUGCAGCCAACACUGGGGGGGCGUCGCCUCCUUCCGCUUCCCGGAGACCACAUUCAUCUCUGUGACAGCCUACCAGAACCCACGGAUCACACAACUGAAGAUUGCAGCCAACCCCUUUGCCAAGGGUUUCCGGGAGAAUGGCAGAAACUGUAAGAGGGAGCGAGAUGCCCGUGUGAAGAGGAAACUUCGGGGCCCAGAGCCAGUAGCCUCCAAGUCCUAUGGGAGUGGAGAUGCACCUGGUGGUCCCUGCGACUCCACACUGGGUGGGGAUGUCCGUGAGUCAGACCUGGAGCAGGCCCCAGCACCCCGGGAAGCUGCCUCAGCCCCAGCUCCUCCAUGUGGCGGCCCCAGUGCUGAGGCCUACCUUCUGCACCCCGCAGCUUUCCACGGAGCCCCUGGUCACCUUCCAGCCAGGACCCCCAACUUCCCUGAGGCUCCAGACUCUGGGCUGCCAGCCCCAUACUCAGCUGCAUUCCUAGAGCUGCAGCCCACGCCAGGGGGCUCAGGGUACCCGGUAGCUCCACCCACAGCACCCUUUGCCCCACACUUCCUUCAAGGGGGCCCUUUCCCCCUGUCCUACCCGGGGCCUGGGGGUUACCUGGAUGUGGGCUCCAAACCAAUGUACUGAGCCAGUGCUGGCCCCUCUGCUUCCCUCUAUCUUCCAUCACAAACCUCCACUUCCCCUUCCCCCAGCCCUGUAGCCCCCACUUCCAUUGGCCCCAUCCCCCACACCAAAUGGCUGCCUGGGCCUGCCCCCCCUUCACACUUUGAUUUCACUCCCACCCUCCUCUGGCUUCAAAGCCUGAGCAGGGUUGCUGGGAGCCCAGCUGGGGCCAGCUUCCCCUUACCAGCUCUCACCUUGGUGUGAAUGGCGGGAGGCUCUGCCUGGCCAAAUGGGGCCACAGGCCAGCACCCCCACCUCCUGGGCCUCACCCUUGGGCUCAGGCAUGUUCUACCCCCUUGCUCCAGUGCAAGCCACACCAAUUUGUUCUCAGGACCAGAGUAUUUUUGUUAAUAAAACUUGAAAGACACCAGUGCUCUGGAAAUGUUGGGCUAACGGUGUCUGGCUCUAGGUGGGGCUGGGUGAGCAAAGGCUUUGUGGGGAGACUCAGGCCCCAAUCUAGACUUGCACUUUCCAGCUGCUUGACCUUGUUGUGCACAUAAAUCCACUCACUGGCCUUGUGCCUCAGUUUACUCUUCAGGAAAACGGGGUAACAAUGAAUCUUGUUAACGCUAGUUGUUUCGAGAAUUAAGACUGCCCUGCACCUAGCACUGAGGAAGCCUUUGGUGGUCUGUCAUCCCUGUUAUUGGAUGGGGACCUGGAGUUCCUGGGAAAGCUGAGAGGCCUGAGCCUGGCCUUCCUGGAGGAUUAGGACUUUGGGGCAGUCAGAGCCUUAUGUGCAUCCCUGCGCACCCCCAAUCAAGUCUGACACAGACCCAAAGACCAUUUUUUCUGCUUUUAUUAGAAUUUUUUUUGUUCUUUUCU